UAAUCAGCCAGUCUGUUUUUUAUUCUUGGCCAGCAUGGAGCUGCCCUGCUGUGGCGGUUGUGUCGUCUGCUAGCCGCGCGAGAGAGCGGAGAAUGGGCCGGAGAGUCUACUCGGCGGUGGUUCUUUUUGGCGUUGUCGUUGCCGCAAUCGCAGCCGUUUUUAGACCGCACCGUCGUCAGCGUCGUUGUCACUUCACAGAUCUUUUCGGAUUGUUGUAGACUGUUCUUUACUUUGUAUUAAUUCAACGGCAAUCGCCCGCGUAUUUGUUUGUUUAAUUAUCGAGUUGUGACGUCAGUGGCAGAUUGCUUCAUGCCAGCGCUGUGGUUUAUACCUCUGGCUCUGGGGCUGUCCGUGGGCGUGGCGGCCCUGGAGAUAGCCACCAUCGAUCACCCAUGUGCCUACGCGGACACGGUGAACAUCACGGAUGGACUCCGUUUAAAGGACGGUUCGUACUCCUAUGCUGGACUGGUAAUUCCUCCCAACAGGAUAGCAGAGUACAGUUUCAAGGUGAUCGACGGAGUGCAGUACCGCGCCAAGAAGCACCUGCGCGGCUGCGCGUGCCUGCAGAAGUCGUGCAUCAGCUUCUGCUGUCCCCCGGAUCUGGUCUUUGACUCAAAGAACUGGAACUGCACGCAGCCCCACCAGAUCCGGGAGUCCACCCAUGUCGGGCUGACCUACGGCAAUGGGUCGGUGGAGAAUGUCCGCAUCAAGGACCGAUUCCUGGUGCGCACGGAACUGGGCUGCCGGAACAAGUUUGUGGAUCGGAAGCACGAAAACUUCUGGAAGUGGGAUCUAUUCGAGAACGGCACGCUCUUCAGGGACGACCGGCUCUGGAGCACGGACGAGUACUGCUUCAGUCCCCUGGAGCACAAGCCCGAGCAGUGGGAGCUGACUCCGAUCAGCUGCGAGCGAUUCCAAACGGGCUAUCGGGUCUGGAUCUACGCCAUAUGCUGUAUUAUCGCCAUUAUCAUCCACAUCUUUAUCGUCUCCCUGCUGGCAUCCGUGAGAGAUGCCAGAAAGAGCCACUAUGGACACUUGGUCAUCUUGUACCUUCUUUGUACGAUCGUUGGCUACUCCCUUCUGGUGUACUUGGCCCUGAAGAAUCCUGUCAAGUUGUCCAAAGGGUCCUGCAGGAAUAUAGGCUUUCUGGCAUACACCUGCAUCAUGUUGUCCUUUGGAUUCCUGGCGAUUUGCAGCUUCGAUUUUCUUCUUAAGUUCCGCCAGAAGGCUAUGAGGAACUGGGUCCGCCAACUGUGGUAUACCUUGACUGUUUUGGCCAUCAUUGGCCUGCGGUUUGCUGUGUCCUUUGCCCAGGAUUCCAAGCUGCCAAAGCACUUCAAGCCUGGCAUCGGAGAGGACUACUGCUGGUUUGAUGUUCGUCUUUGGGGCAUUUUAAUAUACUUCUAUACGCCCAUCAUAAUCCUGUUGGUGUUCAGCUCUGUGUGCUGCCUAAAGGCAUACUUUUCCAUAUACGAACUGCCACCGGACACCCAGUACAUUCUCGGAAAUCAGUUGCGGAUCGUGAAGACCCACUUCUACGCAUUCAGUGCCUAUAUAGUGGGUGUAUUCGCCGUCUGGAUUCGCGAAAUAGUGGUCUACACAAUGGCCAGGCUGCGGGAGCACUUCUUCAUCAUUGACUUCUGGAGCGGCAUCUGCAUCCUGGGACUGGCCAUAGCUGGGUUCAUCCUGUUGCUGGGAAAGAAUCUUCACGUAAAGUCCUGGUGGGCCAUUAAUGUCGAGUCCAGCCAGACAGACCUAAGUGUCAUCAAUGCUCGAGUCUACAAAUUCGAUGAGAAAGGAGACCUGAAAUCUCCAGAUUCUCCCUACAAGGCUACAGUCACAUCACUAUAGUUGGUCGGGAUAUGAUUGCUUAUCCACAAACUCCGAUGUUUAUAGGAUAGUUUUCUUUUAGAUCCACAC